UCCUUCUUUUCUGUGCGUAAACAAAUAGCAACUUUUGAUGGAAAGGGAAGGAGAAGACGAUGAAAUUGUCUGUUUAGAUGAAUCGUUCUUCAUCAAUGACAACUAUCAACUUACUCCAUUUACAUUUGGGUCUCAUGUUCUCGAGCUCUACUGCUUACAGUCAGCUUCAACUGAUUUUGAUUUGACAGGGCAGUUAGUAUGGCCUGGGGCAGUGCUUUUAAAUGACUAUCUCUCGAAAAAUGCUGAAACGCUUCAAGGAAGUUCUGUUAUUGAGCUAGGCUCUGGGGUUGGCAUUACUGGGAUGCUUUGUAGCAGAUUCUGUCGUGAAGUAGUUUUGACAGACCAUAAUGAGGAGGUUCUCAAGAUACUGAAGAAGAAUAUAGAACUGCAGGAAUCUUCUCAGAAUUCUCUUUGUUGCGCUGAAUUAAAAGCUGAGAAGCUAGAGUGGGGAAAUUCUGACCAGCUCAACAGCAUCUUGCAAAGGCAUUCAACAGAGUUUGAUCUAGUUCUUGGAGCUGACAUCUGCUUUCAACAGUCAAGUGUUCCUUUGCUCUUCGAUACCGUGGAAAAGAUCCUGAGUGUUGGCCGUGAGAACAAAUGCAAAUUUAUAUUGGCCUAUGUAUCCAGAGCAAAAGUCAUGGACACCUUAGUUAUCAGUGAAGCUAUUCGACAUGGAUUGCAGAUAAAUGAAGUUACUGGAACUCGGGCAGUUGUUCAAAAUCUGGAAGGAGUUGUAUUUGAGAUCACCUUGGCAUGAGACUAGUGGCAGGGACAAUGCUGCAAGUCAGGAGAACAAAACAAAUGGCACAUUAACCGAGGCAGAGGAUGAAGAGCUACUAUCAAGCCUGUUACAUACUGAUGUGUUAAGAGACCUUAGAAGUUAUGCAAAUCACCAUUAUUUUCAUUAAAUCGUGUAACUGAGAUUGUUUAAACACAAGUUGGAGCUCGACUUUAUGUUUAUUUUUUCUUGUCGUGGUGAGUUUGGAAAUUUUGUUGCCAAAGUUUGGUUGAAGGCAAGUGAAUGUAACUGUAUCACAAAGUAUCAAUGAGGCAGCAUUUGCUAGUAGUCUCCCAUGUC